AUGCCUUCCAUGCCCGUCUUCCGUCUCGCGACGCGCGCCGUCCGCCCCUCCGCCCUUUUCAGAGCUCCCCAGGUCUCCCGGGCCCGCGUCCAGACGCCCGCUGCCUUCAUCGGUCGCCCGGCGUUCAGCACCUCCAUGAAGCUCCGCUCCGGCCAGCACGACGACGAGACAUACGAGCAGUUCUCCGCUAGAUUCGAGAAGGAAUUCGAUGGUGUGCAGGAUGUUUUCGAGCUCCAGCGCAACCUGAACAACUGCUUCGCUUACGAUCUCGUCCCCUCCGUCGAGGUCCUCUCCGCUGCCCUCCGUGCCUCCCGCCGCGUCAAUGACUUCCCCACCGCUGUCCGCGUCUUCGAAGGUAUCAAGGCCAAGGUCGAGAACCAGGAGCAGUACAAGCAGUACCUCGAGGCCCUCGAGGGUCUCCGCCUGGAGCUGGGUGUCCCCCUCCGCGAGGAGCUCUACCCCGAGGAGGAGUAA